GCGCGCGCGUUUGGAUGGACUGACAGCUUUGCUCAAUUUCCCUCGACAAGAAACACCAAGACAGGAAAAAAAAAAAAAACAGCAGGCCAAAACUGCAGAGACGCUUCGAAGUUUUGCGAGCCUGCUCGGGACCCAACCCAGGCGGCGAGCGUCUCCCGUGCGAGGCCGACAGACGGCGGUCGGGCUUCGGCCUCGGGUGAAUCGCUGAGGCGCGGGGCGACGCGGAGCUCCAGCAGCAGGUGUUGCAGAGGCAUGGACUGUAACUGCGUCAGUGAUCUGCUGCUGCCCCCGGUGCCCGCACUUUGGACGCCAGGGUUCGCUUUCCCGGACUGGGCCUACAAGCCGGAGUCGAGCCCGGGAUCGCGGCAGAUCCAGCUGUGGCACUUCAUCCUGGAGCUGCUGCAGAAGGAGGAGUACCAGGGGGUGAUCGCGUGGCAGGGCGACUACGGCGAGUUCGUCAUCAAGGACCCCGACGAGGUGGCCCGACUGUGGGGGAUCAGGAAGUGCAAACCGCACAUGAACUACGACAAACUGAGCAGAGCACUAAGGUAUUACUACAACAAGCGCAUUUUGCACAAAACCAAAGGGAAGCGCUUCACUUACAAGUUUAACUUCAGCAAAGUGGUGCUGGUCAACUACCCCAUCCUGGACAUGGCCAACUCGCCCUUCUUUCUGGCCCAGAACCACUUCAACGCAGGCUCCGGCGCACCCGACUGCACACCGGAGGCCAUCCAGUCCCUGUUUCCUCGCUUGCCAGACGCGGGCCGAGCGUCCUCUCUGUUUGAUCGGGGCAGUGCGGCGCCGGGGGUGGACGGAGACAAGCUGCGACUGGACACGUUUCCAUUCCUCGGUUCAGGUGGCCCCUGCUACACCAAACCGCCAUCCCUGCUGGGCGCGUACCCCCGCAGCCCACCCUUCGACUACCCGUGGGGCUUUAACCCCUACCUGCCGGGGGCCUUCUCCCUCAACAACUGUCCCAAACUUCCCCCCGGCUCCCUCUACCCCUCCCAGUUCUACCCCGGUCCCCUACCUAGCGGCCUCUCACAGCUGCCCCACCCCUUCUCCACCCUGUUGCCCCCAGGAGAGGCAACCACUGGUGGGGGUGGCACCAAUGUGGCGGCAAUAUCGGCGGGGGGCCGAGCGGGCCCGCCCCCCUACCAGGGGGGCCUGUCGCUGGGCCGCACUGAGCUGGGCAACCCUCUCCUGGGCGGGGAGCGUGCCCAGGCCACGCCCCCAAGCCUGGGCCCGGGACGCCAGAGCCCCACGGAGAGGCGGGGCAGCAUCAAAAGGGACGCCGAGUCGGACUCGGACCUGGAGAUUACCGACCUGAGUGACUGCAGCUCGGACAAUGAGCAGGAUUUCACCGUGGCCAAGGACGCUGCGGUGGGGGGGAAGAAGUCAGAGGUGGGGGCAGCGGUGGCCUUACCCCUGCCGCCCAUCUCCUCCCUGCCGCCGCCCAUGUCUGCCCACCCUCUCAAGGGCCUGAUGCCCCUCACGCCGCCACCGCUGCCCGCCAUCAUGCAUGAGCGCCACAGGGAGAGAGAGACCCUCAAAAUGAUCCACAGCUAAUACUUCUUCUUCUGCCUGUUGUUCAGCUGCUCUGCUUUUUUUCCCCUUUUGUCCAAGUCUUCAACAUCAGAUGUUUCGUCAAAACUUUUUACAGCGUAACAUUUACUUCCCAUGGCCAUUUGAAUCUUCAAAUCUACAUGAAUGGCCUCCACUUGUGUUUCCUGCGUUCGAAACAACGUUCACAAAGUCACGGGCCAAUACUGCCACCUGGUGGAGUAUUCGGUGUGUGUCUCUUUGAUUGUCCUGUGCUUGAAAUGGUUGCUCCUCAUUUUACCUCAUUUCAAGUUGUGUGAAAACAUUUUGUUUCUGAAUUUAAUUUAAGCUACAUUUCUAGAGUUGUGGGAAAUCGUGUAGUUCUUUCGUCUUAAAUUUGUCUUCAAUUUAAUGUGUGCCACGUUUCUAAUGCUUGACAAAAUGUUUUUGUCCUGCUUUCUAGUGUGUCGACAUUUAUUUAAAUUGACUUUAAGCCACUAGUGUGAAAUUGCUUUCCUGUAUUUAAUUGUCAGACUUUAUUUGGGUAGAAUUUUUUUAACCACAUUUCCAAU